AUGAAUUUUUAUCUAAAUAUAUUUGAAGAAAUAGAAACAAUACUAGAAAAAUGUAAUAAUGAAACUUAUUUAAAAAUUGUUAAAGUAAUAGAUUACAUUAUAAAAAAUUACACAAAUGCAGAUAUUGAAAUACAGAAAAAAAAUAUAUUUAAAAAGAAAAAAAAUAAAAAAAAUUCAAAUGAAAAUAAUAGUAUUAAAAAUUAUUUUAAAGUAUUAAAGAAAGAAUCUACUAAUAAUACUGAUGAUAAUUCAGAUUAUAAGAAUAAUUAUAAUAAUAUAAAUAAAAACAAUUAUAUUCCUAUUAUUAAUAUUUUCUUUUUCUUUGGAAACUUUAAUGUAAUAUUAAUUAUUUAUUAUGUUAUAUUUAAAUUGAGAUUAUUUAAUAAUAAUCUUUUCAUAAAUGACAACACAAACAAUGAGGAUUAUAUUAUUUAUAGAAAUAAAAAUAUAAUACACAUUAUGUGUUCAAGGUUAAAUGACCAUGACUUAAAUAGUAUAAAUGAGAUUAUAAAUGAAAUGCUAAUCACUAAAUUAAACUCAUUUAAAAUAUUCAUACUCGAAUCUUUUGAUAUACUAAAUAAACAAUACAGAAAAAUAUUUAUGAACAGAGUAAUAAAAAGUACAAAUUUAAUAUUUAUUCAUAGCUCCAUUUAUCUAAGCGAUAUUUUUUUAAAUAAUUGUUUAUAUAUUAGAAUCACAAAACCAAAUGUAAUAUUAUUUAACAACUAUAUAUUAUCUAUGAUAGAAAGUAAAUAUGAAAUAAAUGAUUUUAAUGAGAAAAGAGAAUAUUUGCUAAAUGUUUUAAAAAAUUGUAAUUUUGAUUUAACAUUAAUAUUAACUAUAAUUUAUUUAAUUCAACUUAAUAACUUUCCAGAUAUAAAUAAAAUUAUUAAAUUAAUUGUAAACACAAAUAUAAAAAAAUUAAUUAACACAAUUCAUAAAUGUGUCAUAUCUAACAACUGCUUAUUUUUAAUUAGAAAUAUUUUAUAUAAUAUACUAGAAACAUAUAACUUUGAUAUUCAUACAUUCCUAAGUGCUUUUUGUAAAAAUUUAACUUCUUUUCAUAAAAAUGAUGAUAAUUACAAAAAAGAAAUUUAUUCUUUAUUUUCAGAAUAUAGCCAUCUUUGUGCAUUACAUGAUAAUCAUAUUUUUUCAUUAGAAAAUUUGUGCUCAAAAAUUAUUUUGAUAGAAAAGAAAUAUACAAAUACAUUAAAUGAAAGUGAUAUUACUGAAGAAAAUGAUGAAUUAAAUAUAAACUUAAAUUUGAUAUAA